AUGGAGAGGGUGAAGAAGAUCCAGUACCCGGCUCCGCUGCCUGAAGAACCAGUCAUUCCGCGUCUAGCGAAGAUGCUAGUGCCGGCGCCCUAUACGGCGCCGGCGAAGAAGGCCAAGGGGGUCCGGAGUGGCCCCCACCGCAAGGGUGCUACGGACGCGUCGUCCGCAGACAAGACCCGUUCCUCCGUCGCCGAAGACGACGACGAUGAAGAGGAGGAGAAAGAGGAGGAGAGCGACUCUCCCCCUGAUGGAGGGAGAAGGAAGAGGGCAGCCUCCACAGUUCUGGAGACGGAGGCGCCCAAGAAGGGGAAAGGCCAGCUUGCGGGCAGCUCCGUGUCGCUGUUGGCCACGGCCUCACAUACUGCCGAAGUCUCCGGACUGCAGCAGAGACUAGAGCAGGCCGAGGAGGAGCUUGGUCGGGCGAGGAGGCAGCUCCAAGAAAAACAAGGUAUGUGA